AUGUCGUCCCGGCACGUCUUCCUCAGGCAAGCCUCCUCCGGGAACCGCCGGCGGCCUCUGCUUAAAACCCACGUCACCGACUGCAAGGACCGGGUGGCCGAAGUCGCCGGCGGGACCGCCGCCGAGUGCGCCGCCGUGUGUUGCUGCUGCCCAUGCGGGCUGGUCAAUCUGCUUGUCCUGGUAAUCUACAAGGUCCCGGUCAGGCUCUGCCGCCGCGUCAUGAGGAAGAACCGCCGGCAGAGGCUCAUCAAGAAAGGGCUUCUUCCGCCGCGCCACGUGCAAUGCACGUGCGGCUGCGACGGCCUGGAGCUGCAGUUCCACCCGGUCGGGUUCGAGUCGCUGACGUCGGAGUUCAAGGCGGUGCAGAAGUUGGUGAUGGAAGAGGAGUCGUCUGACGAGGAUGUGAUUCAGCUCGAGAAGGAGAUGUGGGAUCGGUUUUACGGCACUGGGUUUUGGAGAAGCCCAACUCAGAGAGAGACUCCCUCCAACUCCAACUCCAACUCCAACUCCAAGAUGAUCACCGGUAUAUAA